AGCAGGAGCGAGCCAGAAGGGAGCAUGGUCUCGACGCCGCAACCAGCUGCCUCCGUCUGCCCGAGUCGCGCCCGCUCCGCCAGCCUCUCGCGCGCUCCCUCCCCGCGCCGCCUCGCGCCCGCCCUCCGGAGGGGCUGAGGGGGAAGCCCCGGCGGCGGCAGCGGCGACGGUGCGGGGCUUUGCGGUAGGGGGGGAGGGCGGAGAGGCUGCGAUGCCGAAGCCGCCUCCCCCUCCUCCUCCUUCUCCCCCUCCUCCUGCCGCUGUUUCUGUGCAUCCUCCUUCUCCGCCUGCCUGAAGAAGGUGGGGGGGAGGACGAAGAAGAAGAAGAAGAAGAGCAAGAAGAAGAAGAACCCAGAAGAAGAAGCCGCUUUCGCGCGCCAAGGACGCGCGUAAUUACGCGCCGGCGGCCCCUCGCCUCUCCCGCGCGUGCACCGCCCAGAGCGGAAAGGUGGCUUGGUUUCAUAGACCCCCUUGCUUUAAGGAGUUUGAAUCUUGUGGUUACUUCUGAUUGCAAGAGAUUGAUUUAAAUACAGAUUCUGGGAACUGUAAGGCAACCUCUGAAAAUCCCUUUGAGAAGAGGCGGAAGCCUCCUUUGGCCGAGAUGUCACGGCACCACAGCCGGUUUGAAAGAGAUUAUCGCACAGGAUGGGACCGCCGGGAGUGGAGCACCAAUGGGAAUCACGUGAACAGCAGUAACUGCAACAACACAGUGAACAGCAAUAGCAACAAUAGACCAGGGCUUCUGCCUGUGCCAAUUGUACCCUCACGUCUGCAUGCCCCAGCCACAGUUGCUUGUACCACAGUGAACAGUGAUGUGAUAACCACUCUUGUGGCCAACUCUUCUGCAGCUGCAACAACCAAAACGCCUUGCAUUUCAAAGACUGAGAAUCAGCCACAAGGAUUAGCAACCAGUGUCAGGUGGGGACAGACACCCAUCAAUCAGUCUACCCCCUGGGACACAGACGAACCCCCAUCCAAACAGAUGAGGGAGACUGAAAACCCAGGUACAGCUCCAUGGGUUACAACAGUUGCAGCAGGUAACCAGCCAACUCUAAUCACUCAUUCUUAUGGGAUGACUCAACCUCCGACCUUCAGCCCAGCCGUGAACGUCCAAGCCCCUGUCAUUGGAGUUACACCCUCACUCCCUCCUCACGUUACCCCCCAGCUUCCAUUAAUGCCAGCUCAUUACCAGCUUCAGCAGCAGCCUUCACAGCCUCUGAGUAACAUGGUUGUGAACCUGCAAAGCCAGCCUCUGUACACUAACAGCCAGCCCAUUACAAUGUCUUCUAUGACCGGGGUUGGUCAGGUGACUCACCCGGGCCACAGUGCAGUAGGGAAUGGUCAUAUGACUUGUCCUAUCCUGCCUCCACCACCACCUGCUUUGCCUUCAGCUGCCCUACCUAAUAGUGUUCCGGCUACCAAUGGGCAGGCUGCUCCUCAGCUUCCUCCUAAUCAGACGGGCAGUCAGGACAGCACAAAUGGCCUACAGAUGCUACGGACGGUUGGUGUGGGAAAGUACGAGUUUACGGAUCCUUGGCAUCCAAAAGAAAUGUUGAAGGAGUUGAACCAGCAACGCAGAGCGAAAGAGUUUACAGACCUGAAAAUUAUUGUUGAAGGCAAAGAGUUUGAAGUCCACCAAAAUGUUCUAGCUUCCUGCAGCUUGUAUUUCAAGGACCUGAUUAAAAGGUCACCCCGGGACAGUAGCAGAAGCAGUGAGAAGCUGGAGUUGGAAUUAUCAAAUCUCACGGCGGAUGUCCUGGAAUUACUGCUGGAGUUUGUUUAUACAGGUUCCUUAGUAAUAGAUUCCGUCAAUGCCAAAACUCUUCUGGAAGCUGCCAGCAAGUUCCAAUUUCAUACAUUCUGCAAAGUCUGUGUGUCAUUUCUAGAAAAACAGUUGACUGCUAGCAAUUGCUUAGGAAUAUUAGCCAUGGCUGAAGCGAUGCAGUGCAGCGAGCUAUACAACAUGGCAAAGGCCUACGCCCUGCAGAUUUUUCCGGAGGUGGCCAAUCAGGAGGAGAUUCUUAAUAUCUCGAAAGACGACUUCAUUUCCUAUAUGUCCAAUGACAGCCUGAACACAAAAACGGAAGAACUGGUUUAUGAAACGGUGAUAAAGUGGAUUAAGAAAGAUGCUGCGAUCAGAGCCCAGUACGCUCCUGAGUUGCUGGCAGUGGUCCGCCUACCCUUCAUCCAUCCCAGUUAUCUGCUAAACGUUGUUGACAAUGAGGAGUUGAUAAAGUCUUCAGAGGCCUGCCGGGAUCUAGUGAAUGAAGCGAAGCGUUAUCACAUGCUGCCUCACGCCCGACAAGAGAUGCAGACUCCAAGAACCCGACCCAGGUUAUCAGCAGGUGUGGCUGAAGUAAUAGUCCUUGUCGGAGGACGUCAAAUGAUUGGGAUGAAUCAACGCGCCUUAACAGCAGUAACGUGCUUCAACCCUCAGAGCAACAAAUGGUACCCCCUGGCCAGCCUGCCCUUCUAUGACAGGGAGUUUUUCAGCGUGGUGAGUGCUGGAGACAACGUCUAUCUCUCAGGUGGCAUGGAGUCUGGAGUCACACUCUCUGACGUCUGGUGUUACAUGUCACUGCUCGAUAACUGGAAUCUCGUUUCCCGAAUGACAGUCCCAAGGUGUCGGCACAACAGCCUGGUGUAUGAUGGGAAAAUAUAUACCAUUGGAGGCCUCGGUGUAGCAGGCAACGUUGAUCACGUGGAGAGGUACGAUACGAUCACCAAUCAAUGGGAGACAGUCGCUCCAUUGCCAAAGGCUGUGCAUUCUGCAGCUGCCACCGUUUGCGGUGGGAAGAUCUAUGUGUUUGGCGGAGUAAAUGAGGCUGGCCGUGCCGCUGGAGUCCUUCAGUCAUACGUCCCUCAGACUAAUACAUGGAGCUUUAUAGAGUCACCCAUGAUAGAUAACAAAUAUGCUCCUGCAGUCACUCUCAAUGGUUUCAUCUUUAUUCUUGGAGGAGCUUAUGCACGAGCGACCACCAUCUAUGACCCAGAAAAAGGCAAUAUCAAAGCAGGCCCCAACAUGAACCACUCCAGGCAGUUCUGCAGUGCGGUGGUUCUUGAUGGAAAAAUUUACGCCACGGGUGGAAUUGUCAGCAGCGAAGGCCCUGCUCUGGGAAAUAUGGAAGCCUAUGACCCCAAAACAAAUACAUGGACGCUUCUGCCCAAUAUGCCAUGCCCUGUCUUCCGACAUGGCUGCGUAGUAAUUAAAAAGUACAUUCAGAGUGGUUGAUGGCCAUGAAGACGUGGAUAUCAAACAGGCUGUCGCCUGCUGAAAGUAGGCAAGAAAAAGAAACUGUCCUACAGAGAAAAAUCGAGGAAAUGAAUAACUGGCAAACAACCUGUCUAAAAUUGGGAAUAAUCUCUACAUUGAAUGUAGAAAUUCAUCCUCACCUUUUGGUGAAGGAGCGGACAGCUCCAUGCUAUGUACGAUAGUGUGACUUAACACAAGUGUGCCACUAGAUGUCGUAGUGGCACUUGUUACAGAGUUUUGGUCUACCCAGGUGCAAUAAUAGCAUUUCCCAUUUGUUGUUUAACUAGGGGGAAAGGAAGAGUCUGCGUUAACACACCUAGAGAGCAAGCUCGGUUCUUAAAACAACUGAUUAGGUUUUGCUAUUACACGUUAAGCAUCGGGCUAUGUGAAAGGAAGGUCAAAGUGUCCUUACCACUUUGAUUGCUACAUUUUUUUCUUUUUAAACCAACAUAUGCUUUUCAAUACCAAUGACCGAGAUAGAACUUAUGGGACAGACUGCGUAGAUUGAGGUCAGUCUUCCACCAGAGCAGAUGUUUAUUACGGCUCCUUAGAGCAGAGCUAAUAAAAGAAGUGUGUCUGUCUGUCUACUAGCAUUCCAUGUCCUUUUAAUGAAAAGGUUUUCUGAAAUUGUAUGCCAAUGUGAAUGUGUGGUCGUGAGGAGGGCUUGUUUCUCCCUUUCUACUGUUUUUCUACUGUAUGAACAAAAUGACAGCUAAAUUUCUGUAAAGCAAGAGGCAUCUAGGAGCUUUUAUUAAACUUUUAUUUAUCUAUUCAAAGUUUAGAAUGAAUAUUCUGUGUUGGGUUUCCCUAUUUUGAGCCAGUUAUUUAAGGCAAUGCCUUUUAUUGGGGGUUUCAGAUAGCCACUGAACGACAGUCCACUAUCCAGGAUAUAUGCCACUGUCUAUAUUUUUGUCAGAUGAAUCAAGAUCCUAUCUAUUUUUUCAAACUCUCUCACUCUGCCUCCCCCCCCAAAUUCCCAGGUAUAUGUGGGAGUCUUAAAAGAAACCCUCUCUCCCCCCAAGAGGCUUUCAGUGGCUGCUUGUCUUAGAAUAAAUGCUUCUGCAGCUUUCUCACUGCACAGGUUUAACAACUAUAAUUGGAAACACAUCAGGUUAUUUCCUACUUUAGAGAGAGGGUGUGUGGGGAAAAGGUUCUGUAGAGUUGUAAGUAUAUACACAGCAGGGCUAUAUUUUUAUAUGUAUAUUAAAAUAUUGUAUAUUCAGAGAAGCAUUGUGAUGUGGACAUUUCUUUAUCAAACUGUAAAACGGAGCAGGUGAGAUGGGCGAAAGCUGGGUCAACAGGGUUGCAAUACUAACCGUAAACAUACCUUAUGAAGAACCUUGAGCCAUCGAGCCAGCGCAGAUUUUCUUUGCAGCAGCCAGGAAGAAACAGAAUUGGCGCAACUGUCUACGCUCUUUCACUGAACUUCAUCACGGCCAUUAGAAAAAAAAACUUACUUCCAUCAGAAGUGCGGCAUGCCACAUACUGUAAUCACAGAGCGAAAUCCUAUCUUCAUUCAAAUAUUUGCCAUUGAAAUCAGUGGCAUUGAGAUUUUACUCCCAAGGGACGUGACCUAGUAAGUCGCUGGAAACUUAAUGGGUAGCUAUCAAAAAAAAAAAAAAACCAGCAUCCUCUUGAUAACACUUGGGAUGCUUCCCAUACAACAGGGUGUCGUUCUGUACAUUUCCCUGCUCUGGGCUAUAUUACCAGCGCUAGAAGGGGCAAGGAAAUGCACAAUGCAGCAAUUGCCUGAACCCUAAAAGGACAAGGGGAGGGGUGAGGUGAUGCUGUUUGUGGCAGCAUCCGAAAGGCAGGUGCAAGAGCUGCUCUCACUCUUGCACCUUAACUUGGAAACAAGUCUUGUCGGUUACAGUGGACCUUUUCCAGUAAAGUGUGGUUAGAAUCACAGCCUUACUCUGACUUAUAAGUAGCCAGGGAACUGCAGCUAAUGGCCAACUGAUUUUGAUACCAAAAAAGCUUUUUUUAAAAAAAAAAAUUGGGAAGUUUUGGAUAACCAUACAAUAAGCUGGGAGGCCAAUUGCAUUAUUUUGUUAAGAAUAAAUUUAUACAAUGCAGAUGUUAAUAUGAAAUUCGUAACUUGCCAUAUUUCAAAAUAAGUACUCAUCUAGGCAGCAAAUCCAUAAGGUGACUAAGCUCUCUGAAAUGGACAGCAGUGUUCAAAUUUAUGCAGUUUUUGUCUUAUUCUCUGAAGGGGGGAAGUCAUGUGAAGUAUUUUUGUCAACCAUAGUGCAAGUGUGAACCUAAAAGAUUGGUGCACAAGUUCCUCACUGCCUGGGGCAGGUUGAUUUUAGCAUUGGUGUGUGUCUGCCUCCAAAGGAGGUGCUAGCUUGUAAGCCUUGCUAAGCAUUUCAACUUCUCCAAAUUUAUCUUAUUUCUUCUUUUCUCACACUGCAACAAAUCUGGCUAUUUCUGUGAAUACUAAAACACAGGGUUUUCUGUAAUUAUACUGUAUAUAUGUUUACUGUUAAGUUCUUGUUAAAAUAAAUCUAUUUCUAGAUCUAGA